AUGUUACUGUGUUCCCUUCGUCCCUUGAGGAAGUACGCUUUUGCCCAAAAGCAGGGAAACAAUGUGCUUCGUUGCGCUUCGCGUCACAGCAUUUGCCGUGCUCCUGCAUCUGUCGCAGAGAACGCUUUGCAAUUUUCUUGUUCCUGGGAAAGGCGACUUCCCACUAGACAUCCACGAUCAGCCAGAAGUCUACAAUUUCGAUCGAACACGCGCUCGCGCAGCUGCCCACGAGAUGAAGCAGUGGUUCCGCAACACAGGAACCUAACCGUUUGA